CUGGGAGGCAGCCAUGUGGUGAACAUUGAGCACAGUGUUUUCCCCUGCUUCUCUCCUUUUCAGACAAGCAAAAUUGUUCUAUGCUGCCGUUAGAUGUGAACUCCUUCCUGCGCUGCCUCUGUCUCCUCUUCACCAGAAACUCAAAGGCCUGAAUUACUGGCUGCAGAGAUCUAAAAGCUCUCACUGAAUCUGGGUGGAAUAUGGACAAGGAGAUGAAGAGCAGAAGGGAAGAAAGAGUGAAGUUGGUUAUUUUUCUGGCACAUGGAUGCAGUUACACUCGGUGCAUUCCAGAGGCGUUCCUUUGAAUCCUGUGCAGGUCUGCUUGCUGUUCCUGGGAGAAAGGAAGAAAAAGGGAAGAAAAGUCCCUCUAGCUUGGAGACGGAAUGUCUGCACUUCCCAUUCUCUUUUUAGCUUCCUGCUCUGUUUGGCUGUCCAAGGCUCAGACUGAAUUCAAGAGAGUGGCUGAAGAGAACGUGACUUUGCCCUGUCACCACCGCCUGGGGCUCCUGGAGCAAGGCAGCCUGGAUAUUGAGUGGCUGCUGCACAUCUCCGAAACAGUACAGAAAGCGGUGAUCACUUACUCUGGGGGCCGCGUGUAUGAUGACCUGAAUGAGGAACAGAAAGGGCGCGUUUCCUUCACAUCAAACUUCCUCGCUGGAGAUGCAUCCUUACAGAUCAUAUCCCUGCAGUCCAGUGAUGCGGGGAAGUACAUUUGUAAGGUUAAGAAUGCUGGGCAGUACGAAUGGGCUCGCAUCACCCUGAAGGUUGUAGAAAAGCCUUCCAAGCCCAAGUGCUGGCUAGAAGGGGAGCUGUUGGAAGGCAAGGAACUGUCCUUGCAGUGCCGCUCUGCCUCUGGCACUGCACCCAUCUCCUACCGAUGGCAGCGCAUAAAUGAGGAAGACAGAGCUGAGCAUCUCCCACCUACAUCGAGAGUCAACAUUUCUAAUCCUGGGCAAGUCCUACUGAAGAAUCUUACACAGAUGAGCACAGGGUUAUACCAAUGCAUUGCCACCAAUGAGGCUGGACAAGAAACCUGUGUUGUUCAGGUGACAGUGCAGCAUGCACAAAACAUCGGCAUGAUUGCAGGAGCAGUUUGUGGUGUGGUGGUGGGGCUUUCCCUCCUCCUCCUCAUAGUGAGGCUGACGAUAAGGAGGAAAGAAAAGAAGAGAUAUGAGGAAGAGGAGGCACCAAAUGAAAUCAGAGAAGAUGCAGAGGCACCCAAGGCCCAUCUGGUCAAGCCCAGCUCCUCUUCCUCUGGUUCCAGGAGCUCGCGCUCAGGCUCCUCCUCAACCAGGUCGACAGCCAACAGUGCCUCCCGCAGCCAACGGACUUUGUCGACGGAAGCUACUCCCCAUCUAACUCCUCCCCAGUACAGCCAGAGGGAGGCGGAAGGGAAAGAAACUGAGCCCAAGAAAGUCGACUACACCAACCUGAUGAAGAUGGGAGCCACGCUGGUCAUGGUGCCAGCCCAAAGCCGAGCGUUCCAGACAGUGUGACUGCCCACCGGCUGUCUGGAGACUCCUGCUGUCCAGAAACACUUCACAUACCACCAGCCACAUAGGAAUUGUUAGGUUAGCUAGUUAUCCUCCUGGUCAGCUUAACUUUAAUCACUUGUGAUCAUUCACACCACAGGGAGCCCUCGCACUCCACUUUUUCUUACAUCUUCCAGCACUGAGGUUCUGAUACAGAAUUAUUUUCUGAAGAAAGAUACAUUUGAGGGGAAAAGGAGCCUUCUUUUUAAGUUAUCUCUGUUGGAAAUACACCACUGAGCAUUUAAAAACUACAACAGCAAAGCGCUGUACAAAUGAAGUGAAGCCAAACCUCAGGACUCUAUAAAAAGGGAUCAAGAGAGACAUAAAGAUGCAAAAUAUU